UGGAGCUCGGUGGAGCGUGAUGACCGUCACUUACACGGCCAGAGUGGCCAACGCGCGCUUCUGCGGCUUCUCCAAACUGCUGCUGGCCUGGAAGGGAAGCAUCUAUAAGGUCCUGUACAAAGAGUUCCUGGCCUUCUUCGCCAUGUACGCGGCGAUCAGCAUCACAUACAGAUUCUUCCUUGCGGACGAUCAGAAGAGAUACUUUGAAAAGCUGUCUAUUUACUGCAACAACUACGCCAGUCUCAUCCCAAUGUCCUUCGUAUUAGGGUUCUACGUGACACUGAUAGUGAACCGCUGGUGGAGUCAGUACAGCUCCAUCCCGCUGCCGGACCGGAUCAUGUGCACGCUCUCGGGGGGUGUUCAGGGCGGGGACGAGCACGGCAGGCUGCUGCGCCGCACGCUGAUGCGUUACGUCAGUCUGUCCGCGCUCCUGAUCCUGCGCUCCGUCAGCACGGCCGUCUUCAAGAGGUUCCCCACCAUGGACCACGUGGUCGAAGCGGGUUUUAUGACCAGAGAAGAGCGUAAGAAGUUUGAGAGUUUACACUCCCCCUAUAAUAAGUACUGGAUCCCGUGCGUGUGGUUCACUAACCUGGCCGCCGUGGCUCGCUGCGAGGGCAGGAUCAAAGAUGACAACACGUACAAACUUCUUUUGGAGGAGCUGAAUGAUUUCAGAGGGAAGUGCAGCAUGCUUUUUCACUACGACAUGAUCAGCGUGCCGCUGGUCUACACACAGGUCGUGACGCUGGCGGUGUACAGUUUCUUCCUGGUGUGUCUGAUUGGCCGUCAGUUCCUGGACCCGAGUCAGGGUUAUCCGGGUCACGAUCUCGACCUCUAUGUCCCUAUCUUUACUCUCCUGCAGUUCUUUUUCUAUGCUGGCUGGUUGAAGGUGGCAGAGCAGCUCAUAAAUCCAUUCGGUGAGGAUGAUGAUGACUUUGAGACCAACUGGUUGAUUGAUAGAAACUUCCAGGUGUCUAUGAUGGCGGUGGACGAGAUGUAUGGAGAUCUGCCCGUGAUGGAGAGAGAUCGUUACUGGAACGAUUCGAACCCCCGUCCGCCGUACACAGCCGCCACGCUCUUUGUGCUGCGCAAACCCUCCUUCCAGGGCUCCACCUUCGACAUGGCAAUUCCCAAAGAGGACAUGCAUUUCCAGCCUCUGGAGGAGAUCGCUGAAAACCUGGAGGAAUCUGUGACACGCAAUCACAACCUGGCCCUCUUUAACCGGCUGCUAGGCUCCGCCCCCUCUCCCACAGGCUUCGUGGGCGGAGCCUUACGGCGCACCUCCGCCCAGCUGCAGCGCUUGACCCGCUCCGUCAGCCCCGACCCGUCCUUCUCCGACGCGGAGGACGAGGAAGACAAGAGCGUGGGGAGGAGCACGGGAUCCAUGCCGUCUGGACUCGGCCUGGACACCACCCAGAGCACCAUCUGCAGCUGCGGAGGACUCAUCGGCACCUGUCCUCCUCUGUCCGGGGCGGAAGUCCACGCGCAAGGUGAGAGAGCUGGAGAGAAGAUGACCGAAAAACAGCCACAAGUGCCAAAAAUCCCGCCUCCCACGGCGCGGACGUCCACAGGCAGGAGGAGUCCUCUUGCUCUGGCGGUCAAGUCUCAUUUCUGGACCUCAAACGCCACCAACCGCUCCGUGCCGGACUUCUUCUCCUUCCAUCCUAUCGGUGACCCGCUAAAGGUCAUGACCCCCAAACCACAGCGGAGCGACGGCAAAGCAGAAGCAGCGUCUUUGCUGGCUGUCCCGUCGAUUGAAGUCUCCACGUUCCCACAGAACACAGGAAGAAAGCAGAUGCUGGCCGAUUCACAGCUGCUGCCCUCGAACGGUCAAACCCAAUGUCAGUGUGCAGGUCUAGGGUCGGAGGUCACGGGGGCAGGGGGUCCGGUCAAACAGUGACCAAAUACACUGAGAAGCAGAUCCUGCUUAUAUUAUUUUUUUAAUACAUUAAUUUAGACAAUGUUUGGAGAUCAUUUAACUGUAUUUGUAGACUAAUCAUGCGACUCAACCAUAAUAAGCACUUAAAUCCAUCUAGUUUUUCUAGUUUCUUGAAAAUUAAUCGAGUGCAUGUUUAUAUAAAAUAGCAACACGUGACCAAAAAUUGCAUUUGAAUAUGCAACAAUAAAUUAAAGAAUGAAUAGGACACAAGCAACGCUCUUAUGAAUAUGAAUAAAAGGGUUUAGAUGAUUAUUAGGUUUGAUCCAAACUGUAAUGAUGGGAAUGAUCCUCAUGAGGGCAGUAUUGCAGCAGUCUUCUGGUUCUUUCUGAUCCAUCGGUGAAACACAAAACAAGUAACAAUAUGUUAAGCAAAGCUAUGCAUUUAUUCUCUCUCUAUAUAUAGUUUACAACAGAAUGAGUUUCUAGUUUUACAAUAGGAACAGAAAGAAGUCUAAUUAAAAGCUGGGAAACUGAAUUCAAGGUUUUAUUAAAUUAUAUUAAUCAUUGCACAAAAGAAUUCACUUACAGAAAUGUUUCACGAUCUCAUCAUCAAGGUUGAAAAUAUUGCCGUUAAAGAAGAAGCAUCAGUUUUAUUGAAGGAAAUGAGGAGACACUAUGCACACGUUUUUUAUAUAUUUGCUGGAAAGCGAAAGUCUUACAUUUCUCUAGACGACUGUAAAUUAUAUUUUUUAAUAAAAGGAAAACGUUUCUCCCCGAUAUUUAUUUUCUUUGUCUUUGAAUAUUUAAAUAUGUGUACUAUUUUAUUACUAAAAUAUAUCCCUAAAACUUCACAGAGUGCAGGAUGUUGAAUAACCCUGACAGGUGGAGUUUAUAACACUGAGCAAAAAAAAGAUGAAAUAAGAAAUAAGAUGAUUUAGCAGUCUUUGGAAUGAAGAUAAGCAGUCCUUUAAAAUGUCAAAAGAAAUGAUUUUUUCCAUUUUAUUUCUGCUUUUCUCUCUGCGAGGCUUGGCAGGCGCAAUGUGCUUUAGGAUGUCUGUGCAUGCAGUAUUUAAAAGCACAAAAAGUGUUGAUCUGCAUCUAGAUCAGAAGUGUUCGUGAGUAGGCUUGAGAUGAGCGAAUAUCAGACGCAUGAAAAAUAACUGGAAAAUAAUCAGAAAUAAAGAUUCGAAUGAUCUCCAUUUCUCUUAUAGAGAGGCCGAGGGAGAGCAUUAAGUCCAAGUCGUGUCCUAAAACUCGCGUGGGUUGUUUAUAAAUGUGGAGGCCGACGGAUCAAAGUUUAUAUAAUAGGUUCAGACCGGUCAAGUACAGCUGAGCUUCAAAGCUGGAGAAUAUAGUAGAUGCUAACAGUCCUUAGCAAUGAUGGCUAACCACCUUUACCAGGGAGGCGGGGAGAGUUUUUAUAAAUAUGAUCUCUGGUAUGGAUUGAAAUCAAAUCUGUGUGUAUGCACAAUUUAUAAAUGAGGCCCCUUGAGUCGGCCAGGGAUUCAAACCAAUCAAAAUAAGCAUCUUCCGCUCCAUUCAAGAGACUUGGAGUUUUUUUUUCUUAUAAAUCUAGUGUAUAUUGAUAU